AUGGCAACCUCAACUGAGGGGCUUGAGCUAGCUCAGCUGGCAUUUUACUCCAUUGCUUCAAUUCCUGCCAUAUACUGCUUCAUUACACACGGCAAGCAUGGAGUCAUUGGAUGGCUAUAUGUCUUCGCAAUGUGUGGCCUACGUCUGGUAGGAAAUGGCAUGGCCUACCACGCACUCUUAACAACCGGCAAACCCAGUACAUCCGCUUCGAUUAUCAGCGGGAUUGGUCUUUCGCCGCUUCUGUUGGCAGCGCUCGGAAUUCUUCAUGAAGCAAAUCACUCGAUUCAAUCCGCGCUUCAUGCGUUUCUCGGCCCAUUUGGCCUCCUUAUCCCCCAUAUGGUCAUCGCGGGAGGAAUUGGUCUUGCUGCUGCCAGUGGCAAGAACCCUCAUUUAUUAGAAAUCGGACUCAUCAUCUUUGCCACGGGCUGGCUGAUUGUUGUUGGCCUGGUGAUAAUCUCGGCCAGGGCUAAUGCCCAUCACCGCCGCGUGAGUGACGAGAAGAGACUUCUCUUGGCUGUGGAGAUUGCCAUGCCUCUGAUCGGUGCGCGUGUUCUCUAUGCGAUCGUCAUUGCUUUCAAAUAUCAAAAUGCGUCUGGGGGGAGCCUAGCAGUGAAGAUUAUCUUCGGCACAGUUCCGGAAUUUCUAGUCAUGAUCAGCUAUCUUUCAGCCGGCCUUAUUACUCGAAAUUUGGCUCGCGACCGUGUGCAGAAAGGGUCACAGCCAACUUACAAUAUUGCUUACUCUGCUGUAUGA